AGUAACGGUGAAACACGCGACGCUACCGGUAUGCCAUCUUUGCUUGUGGAAGGGUGCGAAAAUCCGUGGUUGUGAUCGCACCGGAACAGCAUUCUUUACCGCUUUGUAAGCUUAUAAGAGUCAUGAGUUGAGCAGUCCCGAUAUCAACGGUCAACGGAUCUCUCCAAAGCGGCACUGGCCCAAUCCCAUGGCAACUUCCCUCAGAAAGCAAGAUCGCAACACUGUGCCGAGUGUCGCCUCACGACUUGAGUUGGUGUUGCUCCAGUUGUUGAUGUUGUGGCAGGACUGUCUACUGGCCAUAAUCCUGGAAAUACCUUCCGUCGCCCCUGAAACAAAUAAUAGCAAGAAGAAAACAUCUCGAAACAUGUCUGACGACGAAGAAAACCUCGGUCACCCCGACUCCUGCAUUCGGUUGGCUUCGGCUGUCCAUCGCUUCAAGGUGCCAAUAAUCGAUCCUGACCAACGGCUUUCCUUUGUCAAGAGCUUCAAAACCACUGGAACACAUCCAAAAACCAAGACUCUGAUGCUCAAGGCUGACGAAGCCAGAAAGAAAGUAGCAUCGGCUCUGGAAGCCCAAAAGGUCUCUCAUGAACGUGUUCUGGCUGACUCCAAAAGAUACCUGCCUUUUAUCCACCAGAUCCUGCUCUCGUGCAAAGUUCAGCCAGAGGUCGCGAGAUUGGAUGAACGACUACAAUUCUCCUGGGUCUCUGGAUUGGAAACCGAACGAAACUUUUACCAGUCAGAAGCAUUGAUGUUUGAUUUGGUAAUGUCAAUGGUAUGCGAAGGUUUGGGCAAUGCUGGCCUGGCGACGGAAGCUAGCAUUGGAGGAGACUUUGCUGCAGCCAGUCGAUACUACAAGGCAGCUGCGGGAGUUUUUCAUUUCCUAGCACACACCCAAUUGCCCACUUGGAGUGCAAAAGGAUCCAAUGUCUCCGAGGAGAGCCUCCCCGUUGAAUGCUCGGUUCACGUUGCCGAGGCCAUGGAAAAGCUGUUCAUGGCAAAUGCACAACAAAUGGCAGUGGCAACUGUACUCAUCAAGCCAGGGGUGCCCAACUACGGUCUACUUGGUAAAUUGUGCUUGGGAAUCUCAGACGAGCUCGACAAAUUUACAACCAAACUGCGAAAGGAGGCAUUCAAGCUCAUGACAAGAGUUGACAAGGACAUUUUCGCCUUGAUCAACUUUCAGGUGGCACUGCAAAAGUCUCUCUCCCUGUACUUCCAGGCACGAGCAUUGUGGGAAAAGGCUGAUUACGGAAAUGCCAUCUCACUAUUGAGUCAGGCCACAGUCGAGCUCAAGACAGAAAAGAGCGGACAAGGACAAGGUGUCCCAGACGUGACGCAAAACAAGGCCCUGAAACCAUUGAAAGAUGAGUUGACGGAUCUUCGCAACCACUACAAUAAGCUCCUGCACUCCUGGGAAAAGGACAACUCGACAGUCUACUUUGAAAGUGUUCCCCAGCAAGUACCAGUCGACAAAAGGCUACAAGACGGUUUGGUGAUGGGCAAAAUGGAACCCUACUCUCUUGCGGAGGUUGAACCCGUGCUUUUGAUUCUCCCGGACGACACGGGCGGCGGCGGCGGAAGCUCCCGCCCUGCAAUGGAAAGAUCAGAUUCUGACAUUGCUCGCGACCUGCAGAAGCGCCUCAAUGAUGGGUUGGAUAUUUAGAUGACAAAAACGACAACACGUAAACACCAAUAUCAUUACCCCAAGAGAUGCUGGUGUUUUGACAGGUGGACGCGUUGAUAGACAAUAUAAUAAUUUUAGUAUACAAGCAGUUGGAAGUUUCUCUGUGCGUUAAGCCAUAGCAGUGCAUGAAGAAUAGAAGAUGAAGUACGGUACAGACGCUUUCUUGUGCCACACAAGAGGGGCA